UCAAUUGAAGGUUACAGCCAUUAACGAACCAGUCGCGAAGGAGCAAGCUUCUUCUUCUCCUUCGCAGAAUUCUCCAAUUUCUGCGUAGACUCCACGAAAGUUCAAUCGACAGAGAAUUACUUGGGAGUGGUUGUUUUACAUACCCUUGAUCGACAUGGGCUCCUCCUCCUCUGUCCCUGGCAGGGCUUCUGGAGGAUCGGGGCGGCUUAAUCCAAAGAACAGGGCAGCUGGUUCCAAGAAUUUGCGCGUCAAGCUUGUCCUGUUAGGUGAUUCUGGUGUUGGUAAAAGCUGUAUUGUUCUUCGCUUUGUCCGUGGUCAGUUUGAUCCGACGUCUAAGGUAACUGUUGGAGCAUCGUUCUUGUCACAAACGAUAGUUUUACAAGAUUCCACUACAGUGAAAUUUGAAAUAUGGGAUACCGCUGGGCAAGAGAGGUAUGCUGCAUUAGCUCCACUUUACUAUCGAGGUGCUGCAGUUGCAGUUGUUGUAUAUGAUAUAACAAACUCAGAUUCAUUCGCCAAAGCAAAAUAUUGGGUUAAGGAGCUACAGAAGCAUGGCCGCUCUGAUAUCAUUUUGGCAUUGGUCGGUAACAAAGCUGAUCUUCAAGAGGAAAGGAAAGUAUCUGUUCAGGAUGGGACUGAGUAUGCAGAGAAGAAUGGACUGUUCUUUAUUGAGACAUCUGCAAAGACUGCAGAUAAUAUAAACGAGCUGUUUGAGGAGAUUCUAAGCGAUUGCUACGACCAACUUCCUCGUGAUCUUGCUACGACAUUAAUGCUUUUGUCAGCAGCUUCAUCUCCCAGCUGAUCUGUGUAUAGUUUGGUGAGUCUUGCAGGCCUUCGCUUUAUUAUUCGAUUCGAUUCAUAUCUCCAUUCCAAGUGUAACAUUAAACAGAUAUGAAAAUGGUGAAGGAUUCAUUCCCCUCUAAACCAUAAGCUGCACUUGUAAACUAUCUUUUAUAGUGUUAUAAGUCAGUUGGGCUGGAGGUUGAACCGA